AAGCUAGGCAGAUCUGUGCCUACGUCGGCCUCGACUCCCGGGGGCUGGAGGAGUUACCUUUGGAGCCCGAAGGGAGGAAGGAAGCAAAAUAUCAACAACAGCCGAGGCGGCUCGGGCUUUUGGCCCCAGUCCCCCGCCUGCCCGCCGGCCGCUUGCCCGCCCCCGCGCCCGCGACGGGGGCCCAGGCCCCCCGGCGCCGCCCAGGGCCCGCGCGGACGCCGGCCUCAUUUAUUAUUCUCUCCGCCCGGAGCUGCGGCUUCCCGGUGUUGACGAUCCCCAGGACGAGGUGCAAGGGCCACCCCCUCUCCUCCGCGACACCCCUUUUCCCCCAGCGAGGGUGGCUGGCUCUGGGGGAAGACAGUGGGAAGUGUUCACUCUCUAAGACCCAGACUCUUAGAAGCCGGGGAGCUUUAAGCAGUCUGUCUGAUCUGGUACCUGAGAGAUGGCAGUGACAGUGUGAAAAGAGCCUGGACCAGAGUCCUGACCCUGGGCCUGACCAUGGCAGGCCAUUGCUUCAGGAGGCUGUGCAGAAGGUGUCCUGCGGACCAUGAACUGAGUGCUGAUCCCGGGCUGUUCAUGAGCACAGUGUGAGGAGUGCCAAGAUCCACCACCCAGCAAGCCCCUCCCCUCCCUACCACUGAGGAACCCCAGAGAAGAUGGGGAGGAAAAAGAUUCAGAUCCAGCGAAUCACUGAUGAGCGAAACCGACAGGUAACCUUCACCAAGCGGAAGUUCGGGCUGAUGAAGAAGGCAUAUGAGCUGAGCGUGCUGUGUGACUGUGAGAUUGCACUCAUCAUCUUUAACCACUCCAACAAGCUGUUCCAGUAUGCCAGCACCGACAUGGACAAGGUGCUGCUCAAGUACACAGAGUACAACGAGCCUCAUGAGAGCCGCACCAACGCCGACAUCAUCGAGACCCUGAGGAAGAAGGGCUUCAACGGCUGCGACAGCCCGGAGCCCGAUGGGGAGGACUCGCUGGAGCAGAGCCCCCUGCUGGAGGACAAGUACCGGCGCGCCAGCGAGGAGCUCGACGGGCUCUUCCGGCGCUAUGGGUCAGCCGUCCCGGCCCCCAACUUUGCCAUGCCUGUCACAGUGCCUGUGUCCAAUCAGAGCUCCCUGCAGUUCAGCAAUCCCAGCAGCUCCCUGGUCACCCCUUCCCUGGUGACGUCAUCCCUCACAGACCCGCGGCUUCUGUCCCCCCAGCAGCCAACACUGCAGAGAAACAGUGUGUCUCCUGGCCUGCCCCAGCGGCCAGCCAGUGCAGGGGCCAUGCUCGGAGGAGACCUCAACAGUGCUAAUGGAGCCUGUCCCAGCCCUGUCGGCCCAGAAGCUGGGAAGCAGAUGAGAACCCUGGCUUGGCCUCCAGCCAGCUGUGUGGGCCUGGACAAGUCAUCACACCUCUGCCAACCAGGCCUCAAGUUUCCUCCUCUGUGUACAGGACUAAUGAUACAUGCCAUGUCCGUCUUGCAGUGUUAUUGGAAUGGCUAUGUCAGUGCACGAGCUUCCCCCGGCCUCCUCCCUGUGGCCAAUGGCAGCAGCCUAAACAAGGUCAUCCCUUCCAAGUCUCCGCCCCCACCCACCCACAGCGCCCAGCUUGGAGCCCCCAGCCGCAAGCCUGACCUAAGGGUCAUCACUUCCCAGGGAGGAAAGGGAUUAAUGCAUCACUUGACUGAGGACCAUUUAGAUCUGAACAAUGCCCAGCGCCUUGGGGUCUCCCAGUCUACCCAUUCACUCACUACCCCAGUGGUUUCCGUGGCAACACCGAGUUUACUCAGCCAGGGUCUCCCCUUCUCUUCUAUGCCCACUGCCUACAACACCGAUUACCAGUUGACCAGUGCAGAGCUCUCCUCCUUACCAGCCUUCAGUUCGCCCGGGGGGCUGUCACUAGGCAAUGUCACCGCCUGGCAACAGCCACAACAGCCCCAGCAGCCGCCACAGCCACAGCCUCCGCAGCCACAGCCGCAGCCACAGCCGCCACAGCCGCCACAGCAGCCGCAGCAGCCACCUCAGCAACAGCCCCACCUGGUCCCUGUAUCUCUCAGCAACUUACUCCCGGGCAGCCCCCUGCCCCACGUGGGCGCUGCCCUCACAGUUACCACCCAUCCCCACAUCAGCAUCAAGUCGGAACCGGUGUCCCCAAGCCGUGAGCGCAGCCCUGCACCUCCUCCUCCAGCUGUGUUCCCGGCUGCCCGCCCUGAGCCUGGUGACAGUCUCAGCAGCCCGGCCGGGAGCUCCUAUGAGACGGGGGACCGGGAUGAUGGACGGGGGGACUUCGGGCCCUCACUGGGCCUAUUGCGCCCGGCCCCAGAGCCUGAGGCUGAGGGUUCAGCUGUGAAGAGGAUGCGGCUCGAUACCUGGACAUUAAAGUGACGAUUCCCACUCCCCUCCUCUCAGCCUCCCUGAUGAAGAGUUGACAAUCUCACCGCCCACCCCUCCCUGUCCUGGGAUCCUCCCGCUCGACCCCCACUUCCUUUCUUGUGCUGUGUCCUGUUGACGGUUACAUUUGUGUAUAAUUAUUAUUAUAUUAUUAUUAUAUUUUUUUUUAAUUUGGACUCUCGCUUUGGAGAGGGGGAUGCUCCCAUCCUCUCUUCCUACACACCCCACCAUUUUCACUGGCUGGGGGGGUUCUCUUUUUUGCGGGAAGGGGGGACACUUUGCACGUUGUACACAUAUGCUGCAGGAGGGGAUGGGGGGCCCGAUAGGCCUUUGGGAAAGGACAGGUGCCGAACCCUGCAUGUGGAGCCCUCCCUCCCCAUCCCCCGGAUAGAGGGAAAUAACCAAAAAACUACCAAACAACAAAAACCCGAUACAAGAGACUGAAACCCCAAAGUUGGCUUGAUGGGUGGGUUUGUGUUUCAGGGGGAAAGGGAGGCAUAGAUUCUGGAAAGAGUCUCGGCUUCUGGGCCGUUCGUGUGGCCACAGGCACACAGGCAGAAAACCAAGCCUGGCCCUCCAAAUGCCUCUUCACGCACACGCGACACACUCUCACUGAUUCUCAUGUGUGCUGCACCCCAAGGUGUACGGGUGCUGGCUAAGCUUUUGGGCCGGGGAAUGAGAAGCUGGGGGGAAGGGGCUGGGGUUGGGGCUCCUCUCAAAGCACAUUUGGAGAGAAAGACAGAGAGCCAUGAGGAGAGGGCUGAGGAGGGGCAGAAGGGUUGGUGUAAGGGGUAAAUCAGGUCCCCUCCCUUCCCCGGCUUUUUCUCUAAGAUUUACAGUGCAAUAGCUCCCCAUCCCUCAGUUGACACCAGUAAACUGGCCACAACGUGCAGGGAGAAUUGGGGAGAGGAACUCUAGUGAGGUGGCUUAGUGAGAGAGAGUUGCCCUUGGGCUUCUUCCCUGGAGGGCCUGAGGACCUGAAGGGAGGCAGGUGCACCCUAAGAACGCUUUCAUUCAGGGGCAAGUGUCAGUGGGGGGACACCCUCUUCCUUGCACGCACAUGUAUCCAGAGGAGGGGACCUGGGGAUGGUCUGCAGGGGGGUGGGAGUGGGGGCUGGAUGAGGUCUGUUCAAGGCCUGCCCCCUGAUUCCUCCCCGGGCCCCUCCCCAGCUGCUCCUCCUAGCCCCUCUCUUGCUCCUGACCUGCCUCCCUGCUCUUGGCGCACUCAGCACUCACUGUCUGGCUACCUCCUGUCCCUCAACCCCCAGGCGUAUCCCACCUUCCCUCUUGGCUACUGUAAUUGUAAAUAGCGACCUCUGAAAAAACAUUAGCGGUGUAACAGUCCAGGAAACUGGUUUUUUUUGUUGUUGUUGUUGUAUUGAUAUGAAAUGAGAUUCUAUUUUUGUCAAAGUAUAUUGUAAUAAUAAUGACUCAAACGGCCCGUACUGUACAGACAAGAUUCUUCUGCUGUUGUUCUUGCUCCCCUCCCCCUCCCGAGUCUGCCCCUCUCUUCUGCCUCCCCAGUGGGGGCAACAGGCCAGGGGCCCAGGGGCCGCUGAAGCCUGGGGUCCUGAGACCUCAGGCUGGAUCAGAGAUCAAACUGGAGGGGGCAGGCCCCCAGCUCCCCACCUACCACCACCACCCUAAGGGGGCUGGGCUGGGGCAACAUGGGCAGUUAGGCAGGGGUCUGCCCGCUCUUUCACACCAGCCCAGCUCCUCUGCCCAAGGGGGAUUUCAUUCCCCUUGGGAUUUCAUCCCUGUUGGGGAGCAGAGUUAGACAAGGCCAGGUAUUAUGGUAGUUGACUGUCUUUGCCCCCCUUUAUGACCCAGCCACUUGCAGUAUUCCAACACUUGACGCAGGGAAGGAACCAGAAACAGAGCCAGGGGGAGGGGAGAGUGUGUUUGACCACACGUGUACCUGAGUGUUCUUGAUGGCAUCUUGUAUUUAUGUGUGUGAGUGUACCUUUGUAUUUAUGUGUGUGUUUGGUUGCAUGGUGUACCUUGGUGUGUGUGUCUGAGCCCUGCAGGGGGGGUAAUAUGAGCACGGAGAGCAUCCCUGUGCCUGUGUGUGUCUGGGCGUGUGUUUACAAAGGGACUGGUGGCUGUUGCAGCCACACAGCCCUGGCUUCCAGCUCCGUGACCUUCCCUCCUGAGCCCCACUCUCUUCUUCCGUGCUUCUUCAUCUGUUCUCCCCCUUGGCUCCGACAUGUCUGUGCCGUGGGCUUGGCAGGUGGCCCUCUCUGCUUUCCUUGCAGCCCUACCUUUCCCAGGGCCCUUCCCUCCAGGAACCUUUGCCUCCACCCACAGUUGUCAGCUUAGUCCCCCACACCUUUACACACAGUUCUUUCCUGAUAUGUCCUUUUCCCCACUCUAGUCCUGCUCUGAGUGGAACCCAAGCACCUCUUCCUCCUGAAGCUUUUUCUUUGGCCUGGCUGUGACCCUUCCUUCCUUGAUGCUUAACCCCCACCCGCUGACAGGGCACUCAGCACGUCUGGUCUUCCCACCUCUACUGUAGGUUCCCAGAGGGAGUUUUAAGAACCAGUGAGACUUGAUCAGGGCCUUGGAAGAAGCCAGAAUGUAGUCCGGUGCACGCACACAUCCACAGAGCCUUGCCUGGUGCCUGGCACACGGUAGGCACUCAGUAAAUGGUGAAUGACUGAAUGCCGGGUGCUCGCUGAACAUUGAAUGACUGGCCUUCCCUUCCGGGGCCAUUCCCACCUUCAGUCUACCCACCUUUCUAGGCUGGGCUCAGCCACCAGUAAACAUGGGAUGGGAUGAGGGCCCCUGCAGUUCACGGUGCAAUAUUUCACCAGUUUUGCCCUCUGCCUUGCAAUGGCAAACCUGGAUUUUGAUUACCAUGUGUGAAUGUGUAGAUGUCCAUGUGUCCUUCCUUCUCUGUCCCGGGGGCAGGGGAUAGUCUGUGAAUGAAUGUGUGACAUUUCUGCAAUUCAGUAUCCCAAGGUUUCUCUUGGGGGUAGAGGCUCCUGGCCGGCCAGAUAAAUGGGUCCCUGGGAACCCAGACCUCAAGUGAGGACUUAAUUUCUUCUUCCUCUCGCAAGCCAAAUUUGCCUCCACCCGCUCUCUCCUCCGAAGAACUGGGCAUUUGCCAAAGUAACCACUGGAGUCACCUGAUGCCCCUCCCCUCCCCAGGUUUCCCAUAGCGUUCAGGGACAGUGGGCAAGAGCAUACCCCUCCGCCCCCACAUAUAUCCCAGUGGAACACGUCACCCACCUACCCUCCAUCAAUGCACUCAACGCAGUGAGACUUACCCCUGACCCCCAGCCCUCCCCAUCUUGGACAGGAAGGAAGUAAUGCACCUUCUCUUGCUGAUUAUUUAUUUGUUCAGAGAGACAGAAAUGAUGUUAAAGUGUAUCUAGAAAUAUCUAUAUCUAUAUAUUUUUAACUGACUCUUUGGAAUCCCCUGGGGUGGGGUGGGGGGUGAGUUUGGGCUUACACAGAGGGGAGGAGUCAUGGAGCCUGGGAACUCCUCAUUCUCCCCUCUGCCGCCCCUCCCCACCCCACAGGAAGUUGGUAGAAGGAAUAAGAUUUGUAUGGGGGGUGGAGGGGCUGGAAUGUUGUACCAAGAAUCUGGAUUCUCUCCAUAUUCCCCAUUCAAGUCCCAGAGGAAGGGAGGGGGACAAGAUGGGGGAGGGCAGGCUGUGGAGGUGCCCCACCCCCAAACCGACAAUCACCCACACUCCUGGGGCUCCUCCUGGGUCCUGGGGCAGGGCGAGUCCAAGUGUGUGGCUGUUGAUUUGUUUUCAAUAUUUCUUUUCGUGCUGUAUGGUGAUGCUUUCUUAGUAUUCUACACAAUAAGAAAAGACAAAGUCCUCGAGAUUCUUAUGAGUUUUGUUUGAAAACUCUUUCACUAUAUUUGUUGUAAAGAGGUUUACUAUUAAAAGAAAAAGAAUACACGUUUCUGAUACUUUG